GUUUGUUUUGCUUCUCUCUGCUUUCGAGUUUCAAGCCAUCGUGAAGGUUAGACCGAAUGACAGUACGAUCACUUGACGACCUGAUUUGAAAAUACGUAUAACUGAAACAAACAAUGGCUGGCAGUGGAGAACUUUGGGUACAGUGCUUUACUUGUUGUUUGAUGCAACAAGGAGCAAGGACACGCAAUGGAAGACAAAGGUCACACCAGAGGCUAAGGAUAGAUCGUAGCAUGAUAGGAGUACCUACAAAUUUUAGGCAUACCGGUCAUAUUAGUAGUGGAGAUCUGGACAUGAGCAGUGCACAAUUAUCAAAUAUUCAGGCACAAAUGCAAAUGAAGGGGGGCUAUGAUAAUGCAUACAGUGUCAAGGCAUGUUGAAAAUAGUUGUAAAACAUGUUCACACUGUCUUGCAAAUAAUCUUAUGACAGAACU